AGAAGAAAAUGAAUAUUUAGCUAAGAUAUAUCGAAAUUCCAAUAGUGACAUUGGGUAGUGCAUUAGUGAUAAGAGACAGACUCCGCCUCGAGAUCGGCACUGUUCGCUCGUACCCGCGCCGACCCGGACGCUUUCUUAGAUAAAAAAACAAUAUAAAAAUGGUACUAGGGAGUAUAAUGCGUUCGGCGACGAGGUUGAGCCGGUCGGGCGUCACACAUUGCUGCCGAAGAGCCUUUUAUAGCACAGAUAACAAAGGACGCUACUACACAAAGAAACACGAGUGGGUGUCAUUGGAUUCUGGGAUAGGGACCAUCGGCAUUUCAAGUUAUGCCCAGGAAGCUUUAGGGGAAGUUGUGUUCGUGCAGUUACCUGACGUAGGUCGAACGGUGGCCGCAGGCGAUGAGUGUGGAGCCCUUGAGAGCGUCAAAGCAGCCAGCGAGGUCUAUACGCCUGUCUCUGGAACUAUAACAGAAAAGAACGACACAGUCGAAUCAACACCGUCUCUUAUCAACAAAUCCUGCUAUGACGAAGGCUGGCUGUUCAGGGUGAAGCUGUCUACGCCGGAUGAGAUCCAGCAGCUCAUGAAUCAGACGGAAUAUGAAAAAUACCUCGAAGAGUCUCACUGACAUUGCAUUUGCCUUUAACUUUUCUUAUAAGUUAGAUAGUAACGACGUGAAUCUCUGAACCUCAUAUCAAAUUAUAUUUCGAACACUUAAUUUGUAAACAUGCCGAUAAAAAUAUAAAACUCUUACAAAUAUACUCUAUAACAAUAUAAACAUACAUGUCCAGUGUGAAAUCACUCGCAGAGUUAAGAACUUGAAACUUUGCAAAAUAUAAUUUAUGUGAUUUGGAAAACGUAAUAAUUGUACUCUAAAAUUAAAGUUAUUUGUUACCAACUUUUAUUUAACUUUACCUGCCUGUUGGAAUAAUUAUGCGAAUCUGUCGUUGAAGACAUUUUUGUUGUUAACUAAGUUGUUUCUUUUUAGUAUAAAGCAUUACCAAAAAAUUGUUUUAAAAAAGUUUUUUUUUAUUGUUUAUUCGGUC